CAUGGGCAUAUAUUGAAUAAUAAUUUCGACUUUCUAACGGUACCAUCCAUUUUUUAGCUUUCGUUGAGAACAAAAUGAAGUUGGCGGGUGGAGGUGUUUAGGCAUUUACAUCAGGUACCUCUUUAGCGGCGUGUGUGUUAAGGAGGAAGUGCAAUGCCAAAGGUGAAUGGCAAGACUAAUAAAUGACCAUGAAGACAGCAUUCUGUGUGAGAAGGUUGAACCCUGCCAUCUUCCUUUUUCUGGCUGUCAUUGCCUUAAUCUUUGUGCUAUAUCACAUGGAUACUUUACAGUUUCAGCAUAAAGUCAACUCCCCCAUCAUCAUGCCAAGACUCUCCCCUCAUCAUAUCGUUAAUCGCAGCUUCUGCACCUUCGAGCCACGGUCCCCCCAGGACGCCUUGGAGGAACGCCUCAUACUAGACUCCAUUGCUUGGCCUGAAACUCCACUUUUACCAUCUCCUGUUUCCUUGGAGCAGACCACUGAUCCAGCCCACAGCACCUUCACCAUCCUCCCAGGGAGGAAAGGUGGGCAGUGGCAUGUAGGGGACCAGCUGGAGGUUAUGAUACAAACCUUUGACUUCCAAGGUCGUCCCAAGAAGUCUGGGGGGGACUUCCUGACCGCCCGUCUGCACAACCGGACGCUUGAAGCAGGUGUGGCUGGUCAAGUUGUGGAUCAUCUGAAUGGGAGCUACUCUGCUGUGUUCUCUUUGCUCUGGGAAGGAGACGCACAGAUUGAGGUGACUCUGGUUCAUUCUAGUGAAGCCGUCUCAGUGCUGGACAGGCUGAACAGAGAACAGCCGGAUAGGAUUUACUUCAAGAGCCUCUUCCGCUCAGGCUCUCUCUCUGAAACCACCAUCUGUAACGUCUGCCUGCGGCCAACCCAACAGCCGGUGUGUAACUACACUGACCUUCGUACAGGCGAGCCUUGGUUCUGUUACAAGCCAAAGAACCUGAGCUGUGAUACCAGGAUCAACCACUUCAAGGGAGGAUUCAAACAAAACCUCAAGGUCCAUGAGGAGAAGCUAUUCCACAGUGGUGUGAACAUGAAAGUAUCCAUUCAGGCUACAGGACCUUCCACUGCUACUGUGUUGUCGAGAAAGGAAGGUCAACUAAAGGUGAAGACAAGCUCUGGGACAUCUGUACCAUCUGGUUAUUACUACCAGGGCGUUUGGCGAGCACUAGGAGGCACCUCACUAUUCCAAUUCAACAGGUCUACCAUCACACAGUGUCUGAAAGGCAAAGUCGUCCACAUGUAUGGAGACUCCACAAUCAGGCAGUGGUUUGAAUUCCUCAACGCAGCUCUACCAGGUCUUAAGGAGUUUGACUUACACAGCCCGAGACAAAUUGGACCUUUUAUGUCCUUGGACUAUGAAAACAACAUCUUGGUGACGUACCGUUGCCACGGUCCACCUAUCCGCUUCAGCCUCGUCCCGACUAGAGAGCUUUGUUACAUUGCUAAUGAGAUAGAUGACUUAAUUGGAGGCCCCAACACUGUCGUAGUCGUUGGCAUCUGGUCUCACAUCAGCACUUUCCCCAUUGAGAUCUACAUCAGGAGGCUACAGAGCAUCCGUAGGGCGGUGGUGCAGCUGCUGGACAGGGCUCCAGGCACGCUGGUCAUCAUCCGGACUGCAAGUGUCAAAGCUUUGACACUUUACGAGACAAUUACCAACAGCGACUGGUAUUCUCUGCAGCGUGAUAAGGUGCUCAGAGCCAUGUUCAAAGGACUGAAAGUUCAUCUGAUUGAUGCCUGGGAAAUGACCCUGGCCCACCACCUGCCACAUAACCUCCACCCACAACCUCCCAUUAUUAAGAAUAUGAUCAACCAUAUAUUGUCCUAUAUAUGUCCUCAUAAGGGCGGCUAGAUAUUUGUCCUGGUGGGAAAGGAAUGUUUAUUAGUUUUUUCAGACUUUCAACCUUCUUCUUAUUUUUUGGCUUCAUACUCAGAUCUGGAUAUUUUCCCAAGGAAUUCAUGUUGUAAAGUUCUCAUCUUUCCCAAUCAAAUCACAAUGCUAGCGCUUCCUUCGGUGUGGAGGUGACCAGUGGAGAGCUGAUCCAGCCUCUUUCUUCCCUGAGGAGGGGGGCUCAGAUGUUAGAUGUUGUGUCACCUUAGACUAAAUAACUCAAAGCUGUAGAAUUCAAACUUUGAGCAGCCUUGAGGCAUAAUUGGUAUAUUCUCUGGAACUCUGCUCCAGGCUUGCAAGCAUAUAAUAAACAUUCUGUUCAAUAAUUUUACACCAAUGUUGAGUAAAAAUUAAUUUUAACAGCCACGACCAUGUAUACCCCGCUACCCCCCUCACAAAAGAUCAGAGUUUGCUCUUACUCAUAUGUCCUGAGACACAAUGUGACAAGAGUAAUUCUCUAUCACAGUUUGGGUCUGCUUGUCUUAUUUUGGUAGUUUUCAUGUCUCUUGUGGUCCUGGGUUAACUUCGGGAAGAAUCCUGCACCUGAGUCCUGCCUUCGCCUGCACCAGCAAUCCUCGCUGACAUUCUCCAGGACAUUCUCACAAUAUUCAAUGAACAUUUCUCUGGCUUGGUGUCAGCAACCUCUUAACUUUUUCAUAAAGCCUUUAACAAUCAUGUGGAAUUGUUAUGGGAUUCAGAGUUAUAUACAUAUUUCAUUUGUGCAUGCGAAAAUGUAAUGUUCAUGGGUAAGAAUGUUAAAAGGGAAUUGCUGUUUUUUAUGUUUUCUUUUUGACACAAAGUUGAUUUGAAUGUUUUCUGUUAGUAGAGGUGUAUGUGUAUGGAGGACAAAAAAUGACUAAAUGUAUGAUUAAAUAUGGAAAUUAAUAAUUAAUGUAUCCAUAAAUGAAUAAAAGUUGAUAAUCAA